AUGUCGAACACAGAUGAUCGCUUUGCAUCUCUCAUGCAAAUUUCACGCGAUGACCCCAGUAAUUCAGAUGAUUACUUUUGGGUGCGCUUGAGUGCCGCGGAAAGCUCGGCGCUCAGUGUCGAUCCGUUGACCCUUCAGAACGAGAUACAUGCGGAUCAUGCGAUGGUCAAUGGGCUUUUGCUGAAUGCAGACACAAAUUUCAUAGAAGCACAGCGAUUAAGCAUCGGUUCCUGGUCCAGAAAAGAGUUGAGAACGAACACGAAGAUCACGUACCAACUACCGAAAUCGGAUUUACUUGCAGAAAAUCUCGAAGGUUAUGCACGAGCGCUGUCAACACUUAGAAUGGAUUCGCUCACGACGUCAGGAAGACGUCACUCGAAAUUGAUCGUCGAAAGCCACACUCUUAUGGGCCUUUUCAAGCUAAACCCUCUCCGGGUGUUCGAUUUAGUCUUUGACUCAGUCAGAGAACUUGCUGACUCCAAACACGGCGAUGCUUUUGCAACAUCGUUGGAAUCUAGUACUCAUUUAAGCGAUAUAAUAGGGUUUCGCUUGACAAGGUGCGCCGAUUUCAAACGACGACACAAAAUCGCCCAGUUCGAGCUGAAAAUCGCUGCUGAAAAAGAGAACACUGAAAUCGGUAGACUGUAUCCUUACCUGCUCCCAGUUGACCGAUCUCUGUAUGAUAAAGCCCGAAGCUUGCAAGGUGUAUCGCCCGUAGACGAGUUAUACUCUGAUGAGCCAAAGUUUUUGUUUCUGGAAUCGACUGGAAGUAAAGCCGGUUUGUUGCCUAUUCAAGCGUCGGUCGAAAGGAUCAUCAGACUGGGUUGUGGUACUCAUGCCCUGCCGAAACUUCGGGCGAAAAUGUGUGAGCAACUUAAAAAGAGAAUACAUGACGAGAAGGAAAAACAUGACGAGAACCAGAAAUUGGAAUCUAUUCUCCGCAUCGUCUUCUUUCUUGGACCAAAUGUAUGCUGUGAUGCAGCUCUAACGACUGAACUUCUUAAGUACUUCCAAAGAGUUGUCGCGAAUAAAAGAGAGCAUUUGAAAUUGAUCGAACCUGCUAUUGCAAAGUGUUUGCUACCAGGAUUACCACUUCUGAGGCCGAAUCCUUUAAUAUGUGAAUACAUCUGGAAAGUUGUCCAUCAACUUCCGCUUGCAUCACGCGGAAAAAUAUACAAACACGCCAUGUUUGUCACGUGUAGCACUCGACUGACUCAGAUAAAGAGUUCAGCCGAUAAAUCAAUAAUGAGGAUCUUACGAAGAUUGUCAAAUCAAAAUGCAAAAGAGCUCGGCCGUAAACUUGGUAAGCUCGCACUUUGUCACCCUUUAACGGUGACGAAAGCAGUACUGCAACAGGUUCAGGCGUAUCCAAACAUGAUUGCACCGAUCGUGCAAGCUUUGAAAUACUGCACCGCACUAACUUUCGAUACUUUGACCUUUUCUGUCCUCGAACAUUUUACCGAGACAAAAUCCAAACUCAAAGAAGAUGGCCAAAACUUUUCGCUAUGGUUUUCUGCUUUGUGUUCUUUUUCUGGAACAUUGCUCAGACAAUACCAUGACAUUGAACUUAAUGACCUAUUGCGGUACAUUUUGAAAAAAUUAGACGAAGGUGAAGUGUUGGAUUUAUUGAUAUUAAAGGAUCUUAUAUCGAAAUUGACUGGUAUCGAAAUCUUGAAGGAUGUCAGUUCGCUUGAGAUUCAAAGAAUGGCGGCUGGAGAAAAACUUCGAGGACUUCACGAGAACUCUACGAGCACUGACUCAAAACGACGGAUGAAAGGAAUUUUGCGUUUACGCACAGCAAUUGAAGGGUCGGACGCUUCGAAGAGUAUGAUGCUUCGAUUACUAUUAGCAAUAGCGAAAUGUCGCCAACGAAUUGUUCUGAAGACGGCAAGUGCUCAAAUGAAAUUUUUGGGUCAACUUUUUGAUGAAUGUCACGUUGUUCUAUUGCAGUAUAUUUCGUUUCUUCACACAGCUUACAGUGUAGCAGAGCUCAAGAACUCGCUGCCAGAGAUCCAAUCUCUUCUGUGUGAACACCAACUUGAUGCUGCUGUCGUUUUCCAUUUGUAUCGUCCAAUUCUUCGGCAAACACUAUUUUCAUCUCUGGAUACAAGCAGCUCCCUUGCUGAAAGUCACAAUCAAUACUGGAAGAAACUAAGCAGAGAUGUUAAGGCAAGUCUCCAUUCUGACGAGCUUUGGGGAUUGGUAUCGCCAGAAUUCUACCUCACUUUUUGGUCGCUCAAUCUCGAGGAUGUUUACGUACCCAAAGAGCUGUAUGCAAAAGCGCGCGCGCGGACUGUGAAAUAUGGUUCAACUGCAUCGUCAACGUUUGAUCAAGUUACUCAAUUGCCUAGUAAUGUUGUUCACGACGAACUGGCCGAGAGUUUAAACGUAGAGCUGCAACAACUUAUUGAACAUGUUUCCAGAGGUACACAGUGUAUUCUGAGAAAGAACUCAACCUGGGUGCAGACUGCGGAUAAUUUGUCUCCUGCGAGUGUCAUUUUGGAAACAUGUGUACUACCAAGGUGCAAAAUCUCACACGCUGAUGCGUUGUAUUGCUCAAAUUUUGUGGAGCUUGUUGGUCGAAGUGACACAGAUUCCUUCAGUUUUAUUCAGUAUUACGAUACACUAUUCCGUAACGUAUCAUAUCUCAUCUAUGCUUGCAGUGAAUUUGAAAACAAAUUUUUUGCUACUUUCUUGACGAGUGGUAUGGCUCAGCUCACACGUUGGAGAGCGUGUGAUGUAUAUAAGAGAGAGUGCUGGCAGCGCUCUGAAUUUCGUAAUUGCUUGAAUCAGAGCAGUGUCGAAGCAAGUUUCAAAGACUACUUGAGGGUUCUGUACAAAUGGGAGCAUAGGUUGACGAAAGGCAUCCUGCGUAAUCUACAGAACGAAGACUACAUGGAAGUCGCCAAUUCGUUGAGCUCUCUAAUAGCAAUCGUUGAUACAUUUCCUGUCACUGAACUUUUAGGCAACUAUAUCUACAGCCAAGUCAAAAGAAUCAGUAUGAGGGACAAGAGGGACGACAUCAAAACAAUAUCGAACAGAUACCUAUCACUUCUGAAUUUAAAACGGGCAAGUUGGAAAUGUGUUCCACCCGAGGACGACAGUGCAAGUCAGAGUUGA